AUGGCGGGGUCGCUCGACGACGACGACGACGACGCGACGCCGAUAUUCGCGCUAGAGACGCGCGUCCGCGACGCCGCGAAGGGCGCCGGGCGCGUGACGUGCGCGGACGCCUCGGACGGCGUCGUCGUCGUCGGCACGGACGCGGGCGCGUGCGUCGUGCACGACCUGACGAAGAAUGCGAAGAGCGCGUCCUCGUCCUGGACCGUGGACUGCGACCCGUCCUCCUCCGAGCUUCGACGCGCGGCGGCGAACGCGGAGACGUCGUCCUCCGGUCGCGGUCGCGUCGUCGUGACGCGCGUGUUCGUGUCCCCGAACGCGGCGCACGCGCUCGCGUGCGUCGCGCGCGGCGGCGGCGGCGACGACGACGACGACGACGCGGACGUCGAGAUCGUCCACUUCCAACCGUCGCGAAAGCCGACGCGCGGCGCGCCGCUGGCGUCGUUGCGAGGCAAGCGCGUCACCGCGGUGGCGUGGAGCGCGUCUCGGUGCGACGACGUCUUCGCGAGGGACGUCCUGCUCGGCACGCGCGACGGGUCGCUGUUCGAGCUGACCGUCGACGCCGCGGACGCGUCGAGGCGAGAUCGCAGCGCGCGGCGGAUCUUCGCGGUCGAGGACGAGGACGAAGACGAGGGAUCGGGGUCGACGCGCGCGUCGAUCGUGGGGUUGCACGCGACGCGCGACGCGAGCGGUGCGCACGCGGUGCUCGUCGCGACGCGGAACGCGCUCCGGCGGUUCGCCGGCGGCGCGACGCUGGAGGCGACGCUCAACGGCGGCGGCGGCGGCGGCGCGCGGCUGGCGUCGCGUCGUCGAGACGGGUCCGGAUCCGGCGCUGAGGCGGUGGACUGCUUCCUCGCGUGCGGGGUCGACGCGUUACCCCCCGCGAGGCUCGUGCCCGCGUUCAAACCGUUCGUCGGGCCGGGUCGAACCCCGGGGUUGACCGAGAAGGAAGACGCGGAGAGAAAGGCGGAGGCGACGCGGUACUUACAGAGCGUCGCGUCGCCGUCCGUCGGCGGCGGCGGCGGCGCGGGGCCGCCCCGGUGCGAGGACCGGACCGUGCACGACUGCCUGCUCAGACUGCUCGUCGACGGCCACGAGCGCGAUGGAUCGAAAGCGCUGAUGCGGUACGUCGCCGGCGUCGGCGUCGGCGCGAACGGCGACGCGCUGUUCGAUAAAGAGCUCGCCGCUCGUCUGUGCGAAGAGUUUGGCGCGUUCAGAGCGGCGAUUCACGUGCACUGCGACGGCGCGGACCACGGCUCCGCGCUCGCGCUCGCGCUCGAGGCGGGCGACCUCGCGACCGCGAAGCUCGUCGCCGCGAAAGCCGCGGAGAUGUAUCAUCUCGGCGGCGGCGACGACGACGACGACGAAGGGAGGAGAGGUGCGGACGACGGACUCGACGAGAACGGCGAGGACGCCGCUGCGGCGGCGCGCCGCCGCGGCAAAUCGCUCUGGCUUCGAAUCGUCGACGCGGAGAUUAGUAAAGCCGGGGGCGACGUCGACGCCGCCGUCGCGCGCGCGCUCGCGCUCGUGCACGACGCGGAGGGCGUCCUGACCGUCGAGGACGUCCUCCGCGUGCUCCCGGACUUUGACGCGAUCGACGUCGCGAAGCCCUUCGUCCUCGCGGAACUGAAAACCCGCGCCGGGGACAUCGAGCGGUCGCGCGCGCGCGUCGACGCCGCGGAGGCGACGACGCGGGAGACGACGAAGGCGAUCGACGCCAUGCGCGCGCGGACGAUACGGCUGCCGGCGCGGACGCCGUGCGCGAAGUGCGGACGGCCGAUCUCGCAGCUUCCGUGGAGCUUUUCGUUUUUCGCGCCAAACGGCGUCGACCCCGACGAGGUCGCGGAGGGGUCGCCGCUGUCGCAGUAUUACGUCUUUCCGUGCGGGAUGGGGUUCCACAGCACGUGUCUCGUCGAGGCUGCGCUGCCGUGGAUGCUUCCGGACGUUCGCGCGCGGUGUUUGGAGCUCAUGAGCGUCGUGCGACGGGUCCCGUUGACGCGCGAGUUGAAGCGGCUGCGGAAGACGUUUCGAGAGACGGGCGUCCUCGCGGUCGGGCGAGGCGCGAACACCGCGGCGCUGUCGGACGACGAUAAAACGUACGCGGUGCAACGGUUAGAGGAUAUAUUGUGCUGCGAGUGCCCGAUGUGCGGAGACAUGAUGCUGCGGAAAGUCGAGGCCGCGAGCGCUGGCGAAUAGUAAGUAGUCUGAGU